ACUCUCCCUCUCCCUCCCUCCCUCUCCGAUUUUCUCCCCCGCUGUCAGUCUCACUCCUCGCUCUCUCUCUCGCCUCGCCGCCGGCGACGAGCUCGAGCUCGAGCUUCUUCCUCGUAUCGCCGACGGCGGCGGCGCUAUGGAGCCCAUGAACGUAGACAACGGCGGCUGCGGCGGCCUUGACGCGCAGAUCGAGCAGCUGAUGCAGUGCCGCCCGCUCGCCGAGCAGGAGGUUAAGUCACUGUGCGAGAAGGCCAAGGAGAUAUUGAUGGAGGAAAGCAAUGUUCAGCCUGUCAAGAGUCCAGUGACGAUAUGUGGUGAUAUACAUGGACAAUUUCAUGAUCUUGUAGAGCUUUUUCGGAUCGGCGGAAAGUGUCCAGAUACCAAUUACUUAUUUAUGGGGGAUUACGUGGACCGUGGCUACUAUUCUGUUGAGACUGUCACUCUGCUAGUAGCACUGAAAGUGCGCCACCCACAUCGAAUUACGAUCCUUCGUGGGAACCACGAGAGUCGGCAGAUCACACAGGUGUAUGGAUUCUACGACGAAUGCCUACGAAAGUAUGGCAAUGCAAAUGUAUGGAAGACAUUUACAGACCUUUUUGAUUAUUUUCCUCUGACAGCUCUGGUGGAAUCUGAGAUUUUCUGCCUUCAUGGUGGUUUAUCUCCAUCAAUUGAGAAUCUUGAUAGUGUACGUAGCUUAGAUCGUGUCCAAGAGGUUCCUCAUGAGGGACCUAUGUGUGAUCUUUUAUGGUCAGAUCCGGACGAUCGAUGUGGUUGGGGCAUAUCUCCUCGUGGUGCUGGCUACACUUUUGGCCAGGACAUAUCAGAGCAGUUUAAUCACACAAACAAUCUCAAACUUGUAGCUCGGGCCCAUCAAUUAGUUAUGGAAGGAUAUAACUGGGCUCAUGAACAAAAAGUUGUCACCAUAUUCAGUGCUCCAAACUAUUGCUACCGAUGUGGCAAUAUGGCAUCCAUUUUGGAAGUUGACGACUGCAACAGUCACACUUUCAUACAGUUUGAACCAGCCCCUAGGAGAGGUGAGCCAGAUGUGACCCGAAGAACACCGGAUUAUUUCCUUUAAGUUAUCGAUGUUACCAUUUUCCAGCAUGUGCUGUGAGAAUCGCUGUCAACAUCUGCUGGAUCAAGGGCCAGCCAGAAAUAACAAGUGAAUACCAAAGUGCUAUGCAAAACUCGAGGUCUCCAUUGGUCAAUGCAAGAGAUGCUGCUAUCCUGGAAGAAAGCAAGUGUGCCAUGUAAAGCCAUGCCCGAGUUUUGAAGCCUUUCAGGUGAUCGAAGGGCCAUCCACUUUCGACUCUCGCCCUCCCUUUUAGGCAUAUUUUUAUAGAGGCGUGAAAUUGGCAAAAGACUGAACAUCAAUUUGUACUUUUGUAGCGUAAGCUUGUACCAAUAGGCCUGUACUAAUUUGUAUCAUCAUUCAUCGAUGGCAAGGCACAAUCGAACUCCUUUCAGUGAUCUAAAUUUUGGUAAAGAUGUGCUUAUGGUA